AUUUGAAGAAUUGAAUCAAGACUUAUUUCGAUCUACAAUGGAACUUAUUGAAAAAGUACUUCGAGAUUCUAAAAUCGACAAAAGUCAAAUUCAUGAAAUUGUCCUCGUCGGUGGUUCAACACGUAUUCCCAAGAUUCAAAAGAUGGUAUCCGAGUUCUUCGAUGGUAAAGUACCAAACAAAUCCGUUAAUCCUGAUAAAGCCGCGGCAUAUGGUGCCGCUAUUUACGCUGCUAUUUUAUCUGGUGAUACUUCUAAAAUAACUCAGGAUUUACUUUAUUUCGAUGUCACUCCUUUAUCUCUUGGUAUUGAAACAAACGGCGUCAUGACACCGAUUAUUAAGCGUAAUACUACAUUUCCUACUAAGAAAACAGAAAUUUUCUCAACAUCUUCUGAUAAUCAACCAGGAUUUAUGAUUCAAGUUUAUGAAGGUGAACGUGCCCGUACUAAAGAUAACAACUUGCUUGGAAAAUUCGAAUUAACUGGAAUUCUGCCAGCACCAAGAGGUGUUCCACAAAUUAAAGUCACAUUUGAUAUUGAUGUAAACGGUAUCUUAAACGUAUUUGCUAUUGAUAAAUCAACUGGACGAUCGAAUAAGUUAAUCACAAAUGGUAAAGGUGGAUUGUCAAAGGAAGAAAUCGAACUCGCCGAAAGCGAGAAAUAUCGUGAAGAUGAUAAGAAA